CACCUCUUUGCAUUCAUCUUACGGCGUAUCUCCUGUUACGUACAAUCCAUUUCUUGCAUCAAAUCAACUUCACCACAGAAUCACAACAAUGGCUCCUUCGGUCCUCGUAAUUGGUGCAGGCGGCGCAUUCGGAAGACCUCUUAUCGAGGAAUUCAUCAAGCAGAAAUCUCUUUUCUCCAGGGUUGGCAUCCUUUCAGAUCCUGCCAAAGUCUCCAAAUUUUCCGACUUCAAAGCUCAAGGCAUAGAAGUCAUUUCAGGAUCUUUCUUAGACCCCAAGCCGUAUGAAGGCUUUGAAGUUGUGGUGUCUGUAGUUGGCAAUUCCAUCAUGAGGUUGCAGCCUGCCAUGGUCGAAGCUGCCAUUACAGCUGGGGUCCGUCACUUUUAUCCAUCCGAGUUUGGAUCAGACGUCGGCCAGGAAAGCCUACGCACUUUCCGCUAUCUUCGUGACAAGCGUGUCACCCGUGACCACCUCGCCGCCAAGGCAAAGGAGCACCCAGACUUCUAUUAUACUCUAAUGUUGACUGGAAUCUUCACUGAAUGGACUGCUGAUCCGUUUUACAAUGUCGAUGUCGUGGCUCAUACUGCAACUCCAUAUGGAUAUCCGGAUAAGCCACUUCAUGUAACAUCGAUUCCUGACAUUGCGCGAUAUACCGUUGAGUCAAUUUUGUUGCCUCUGACUCCCGAUGUUCAGAAGCGGGAAAUCCGAGUAGUUGGAGAAAAGACUACCUUCCAGAAAUUUAUCGACGAUUUGGGUGAGGUACAGGAAGUUAAGUAUAAGUUGACAUACCUGGAUCCUACAGAGGCCGCCGCAAAGCAGAGAGAAGCUUGGAUUCGUGGUGAUGAAGCUGCUGAGCUGACGUGGUCCGUCAAACCAAUGGCGGCCAGUGGAGUUGCACUUGUUCCUGGGCAGCUGGAUAACGAUAAAUUUUCCUUCCGCCCAGAGUCUGUGAAAGAUACAAUGAAGAGACUUUAUGGGCAAUAAAGUUGCCUUUUGUGUUUCGGUAAAUGAGAUGCUGAUAUGGGAGAUAGACAAUAGAGGCAACUAAAAAUGAGUUGAAUAUCUGUGGAUAGGAAAACAUUUGAUAAAUAAAUUAGAAUUCAAGCUUGUU